UUAAUAGAUUAAUUGAGAAACACGAUUAAUCAUUAAGCCCCAUGGAAUUAAUUCUAAGCUGAAUAAUCCAAGACUGAAAAGCUACGCAAACACUUAGUAAAUCUAUUUCUGCCUUUGCAAGUAUGUAUUUAUUCAAGAACUAAAUGCAAAUAGUGGAACCAAAAUCAAAGUAUGAAAUGAGGAACCCAUAGACGACAAAUCGUUUUGAUGUUUGAAUAACAACGUUUUUCAAAUUAGGAUAUGUCAACAUUGAUUUGCUGUGUUUCCAAGCAGCCCUCCAUCGGUGGAAACUCCAUGGCGUUAACAACAGGCAAGAGAAAAAGUAUGUCUUUAAAUAAGGAUUAACUAUAAUGAUUAUUUUUAAGAAAACUGACAAGUAAAACUGACUCAAAAUGGAUUUCAAAGACACACGAUUGUACAAAACGCUGACGGGGACAGAUGUGGCUGAAAUCAGCACCGUUAUGCAUGAGUUGAUAAAAACAGGUCGAGAUAUCACUCUACAAGACCCUAUCACCGGAAGAGGAUAUCUACACGUAAUAGCCGAACAUUCCGAUCGAUUUAAAGACGCUCGUGCCAUUCCUGUUGUCUACCAGUUGACAUAUGCAGGAAUAGAUAUAAACCUACAAGACAUCAACGGAGACACGGCCUUGCAUAUAGUUGUAAAGAAUACGGGAGCACAUGCCAUAAUGGUCGCUCUGAUAAGAUCCGGGGCAGAUAUGGGGAUAUUAAACAAGAAAGGAGAGAGUCCACUCGACUGUAUCAAGCACUACCAGCCUCUAGGACACGGUGAAAUGGAAAUGUGGCACAACGCUUAUAAACCAGGUCUGUACGACGCCGUAAUGGGCGCGAACCCCGACGCGGAGCUCGUUGAACGCCUCCUUAAGUCCUGGUGCAGGGUGAUCAUAUUCCGUAAUAAGGAGUGGAUCAAUCUGGCUGAGCUUGUUCAACCAAGAACUGGAAAUACAGAGAUCUCAAACCUACUCAAGAAAUAUCAAUGGACAAAUCAAUACGUACAUGCGACGCUAGGUGGCUCUGUUUAUCACAUGAAAUAUCUCCUCGCAAAAGACACUGGUCCAAAAAUCGACGUGAAGACUUUUGACGUGUCUCAUUUCACGCCAUUCCCGGAGUGUCUCCCUAUGCCACGCCCCCUUCUUGCCUCGUCCUGGGAGCAAUUGAACUUUGACAUCAUUGAAGAACUAAUGACAUCUGGUGCCAAUACUAGUGUGUUAUACGGAACUGCAGAGCCGGGAGAAAACUCAAAGAAACCUCUGAUAUUUCACUUGGCGAUAGGUCCUAACAAACCAUCUCUGAGAAUCAUCCACAGGAUAUUAAAACAAUCCAAAAUGAACUGUAAAAACCCAAUGGGCGAAACAUUAAUCUACGAGUGUAUACGACGAGGUGAAUCCAAAGGCAUGAUACAAUCAUUGAUUAACUAUGGAACCGAUAUUAGCUUGAGGAACGUGGACGGUCAGACUGCCCGAGAUGCUGCGGAAGAACACAGCAAACCAGAAUACGUUGAACUCAUUGAUAAGCACGUUGGAGACACUGUCAUUAAAGGUGAUAUGAAUGCAUUAAAGAAGCUUGCCAUACAAGGGUAUGACCACCUGGAAGAUAUUGGUAGAGACGCAGAUGUCACGUAUGCUAUAUGCAGCAAAAUAUGGAGAGAUGACAUGUAUGCAUUUUUCAGAAACAUUCCAAAAAUAGAGGCGAAAUGUGAAGAUCUGUUUACAGCGGUUGAUACAUGUGACCUGGACAAAAUCAAGAAGUUAUCAGAUGAUAUUGAUUACGAAAAUGCCAGAGAUGCAUGCGGGAUGAGUCUUCUUCAUAGAGCAUUACUUCAAAACGAUAUUCCACACAGACUCGUAGAGAUUAUCAUUGAGCGCUUCCCCCACACAGUUCAAUCUGUUGAUAACAUGAUGCGGACUCCACUUCAUUUUGCGUACCUACUUCAUGGGGACUCGGAAAUUAUUGAUGUGCUGCUAAAUAAUGGCGCUUCCAACAACAGUAUUGAUGUGAAUGGAUUGACAGCGACCGAUUAUAAGUCUUCCAACUGCUCCACUCUACAAUGGAAGCGGCUACAGAGAAACGUCCUUGACUUCCAGCUUCAUGUAAAACUCAAACAAAUGAAGGUUCAUGAUAACUUCAAAAGAGCAAUUCAGGAAAAUGACAUGAAACGUAUUACUUCAAUGGUUGAGGAGCUUAAGAUAGUGUCAGGUAAUUCCGUAAAGCCCAAUUUGAUGUCAGUGUACAGCACUAUGUUAUUCUAUUGUGUGGAUGAAAAGAAGGAACACAUAGCAAGGUAUCUUCUAAAGAAUGGAGCGGAUCCAGAUAUAUAUCAGACCAAUGCUGACAAAACUACUUCGUGUGGUCAGCCUUGUGUGAUUUCUCUUCUGGAAAAGGCCACAUCGACUGGAAUGGCAUCUUUGAGAGACGACAUUAUUCAGAUAAGAAACAAAAAGCGGACUGAGGGCAGAGGAACAGACGACAAAUGCUUAGAUGUCUUCAUGAACUUCGGUGGAGUCUAAAGAUUUAGUAAUUUUUACACAAGUAAAAAAGAUGUCAAAACAAUGUGACUUUCAUGUUCAAGAGGAGAAUAAGCCCAAUGGACAAAUCACAUAGUUCGUUGCCAUGACAACGUAU